GCGGAGAGCCAGUGACAACAACAUAACAGACACACAGACCGACCUAAUUCCCAAAGGGGAGGUCGCUGAGUUUCCCUGCCGCUUUACUGGGGUAGAAAGGAAACUAGCAACCGCCUUUCAUGUAGUCUAUAAGCUAAUUUAGAAGAGACAGUCGUUAACUAAUCAUGUCCAACCUCAAAGGCGGCACCAAGAAGGACACCAAGAUGAGGAUACGAGCCUUUCCUAUGACAAUGGAUGAGAAGUAUGUGAACAACAUCUGGGACCUUCUAAAAAAUGCCAUCCAGGAGAUCCAGAGGAAGAACAACAGUGGGCUAAGCUUUGAGGAGCUGUACAGGAAUGCAUACACCAUGGUUCUCCACAAGCAUGGAGAGAAGCUGUACACAGGUCUGAGGGAAGUUGUCACAGAGCACCUCAUCAACAAAGUACGGGAAGAUGUGCUCAACUCUUUAAAUAAUAACUUUCUCCAAACACUGAAUCAGGCCUGGAAUGACCAUCAAACAGCCAUGGUUAUGAUUCGAGACAUCCUUAUGUACAUGGAUCGGGUCUAUGUUCAGCAAAACAAUGUAGAGAAUGUGUACAACCUCGGCCUCAUCAUAUUCAGGGACCAGGUCGUGCGCUACGGCUGCAUUCGAGACCACCUUCGACAGACAUUACUGGACAUGAUUGCACGUGAAAGGAAAGGAGAAGUUGUAGACAGAGGAGCCAUUAGAAAUGCCUGCCAGAUGCUGAUGAUUCUUGGCCUGGAUGGCAGGUCUGUAUAUGAGGAAGACUUCGAAGGCCCUUUCUUAGAUAUGUCUGCUGAAUUUUUCCAGAUGGAAAGCCAAAAGUUCCUCGCAGAAAAUAGUGCCAGCGUCUACAUCAAAAAGGUCGAGGCCAGAAUCAAUGAGGAGAUCGAGCGUGUUAUGCACUGCCUGGACAAGUCUACAGAGGAGCCCAUUGUCAAGGUGGUGGAGCGGGAGCUAAUUUCUAAACACAUGAAGACUAUCGUGGAGAUGGAGAACUCCGGUCUUGUUCAUAUGCUCAAAAAUGGCAAAACGGAAGACUUGGCAUGCAUGUACAAGCUGUUCAGUCGUGUGCCAAAUGGCCUGAAAACUAUGUGCGAGUGUAUGAGCUCUUACUUAAGGGAGCAGGGCAAAGCUCUGGUGUCAGAAGAAGGAGAAGGCAAGAAUCCUGUCGACUACAUCCAGGGUCUCCUCGACCUGAAGACGCGAUUCGACCGCUUCCUCCUCGAGUCCUUCAACAACGACAGACUUUUCAAACAAACCAUAGCUGGAGACUUUGAGUAUUUCCUCAACCUCAACUCCCGCUCACCUGAGUACCUGUCACUCUUCAUUGAUGAUAAGCUCAAGAAGGGUGUCAAAGGGCUGACAGAGCAGGAGGUGGAGUCGAUCCUGGACAAAGCCAUGGUGUUGUUCAGGUUCAUGCAGGAGAAGGAUGUGUUUGAAAGGUACUACAAGCAGCACCUGGGCCGCAGACUUCUCAGUAACAAGAGUGUCUCAGACGACUCAGAGAAGAACAUGAUCUCGAAGCUAAAGACAGAAUGUGGUUGUCAGUUCACCUCAAAACUGGAAGGAAUGUUCAGAGACAUGAGCAUCUCAAACACCACUAUGGAUGAGUUCAGGCAACACAUACAGACCACGUCGGCAUCUCUAAGUGGAGUGGACCUCACAGUAAGAGUACUCACUACUGGUUAUUGGCCUACACAGUCAGCAACACCCAAAUGCACCAUCCCCCCUGCUCCCAGACAUGCCUUCGAAGUCUUCAGACGGUUUUAUCUCGCCAAGCACAGUGGUAGACAGCUCACACUGCAGCACCACAUGGGCGGGGCAGACCUAAAUGCAACUUUCUAUGGAGCAGUUAAAAAGGAGGACGGUUCAGAAUUAGGUGUUGGAGGUGCCCAGGUAACAGGUUCCAACACACGCAAGCACAUACUGCAAGUCUCUACCUUCCAGAUGACCAUCCUCAUGCUCUUCAAUAACAGAGAAAAGUGCACUUUUGAGGAGAUCCAGCAGGAGACGGAUAUCCCUGAGCGAGAGCUGGUGCGAGCGUUACAGUCUUUGGCCUGUGGGAAACCCACACAGAGAGUUCUCACCAAGGAGCCAAAGUCCAAGGAGAUUGAGAAUGGCCAUGUGUUUACAGUCAAUGAUCAGUUUACUUCCAAACUCCACAGAGUCAAAAUACAAACAGUUGCUGCUAAACAAGGGGAAUCAGACCCGGAACGGAAAGAAACACGGCAGAAAGUGGACGAUGACAGGAAGCAUGAGAUUGAGGCAGCCAUCGUCCGAAUUAUGAAGUCAAGGAAGAAGAUGCAACACAAUGUCCUGGUAGCAGAGGUGACUCAGCAGCUCCGGGCACGUUUUCUUCCCAGCCCUGUGGUUAUAAAAAAGCGUAUAGAAGGACUAAUAGAAAGAGAAUACUUGGCAAGGACACCAGAGGACCGUAAGGUGUACACCUACGUCGCAUAGAGAUAACUGUGGAUGUGAGGAGGAAGAGACUGUGGGGGGGUGGGAUUUGUUAGUUUUCUUUGGACUGUUGUUUCGCAUGGACUGGAAGUUUCUUUUCAAGACAAAUGCUGACCUGAUUCAUCAUCCCUUACAAAAAACACAAUAUACACACAUGAAUGGGGAAUAAAAUGUUGGCACAGAAGAAAAAAAAAUCUCCUAGAUGAUUUUUAAAUCAGGCCUGGUCUUCCCAUUCCCUGUGAAUUUUAACAUGGUUGGAUCCAGCUUCAAGCUUUUCACUGUUUUACCCUUGUAGAGAUCAAACUUGCAAAGAAUUCCUUGGGAAAAAUGUGAAUGCACCACAUUAUUUUUUUUUUUGUUUCAAUAAUAAUGAUUCAUUAAUAAAAUUAUUAAAAAGAGCAAAAAUGUGGAUUGUCACAAAGCAAAAAUAAAAAAUAACGAGUA